UCCGUACCUCAAUCAAUGAUAUGCUUGUAAUGGUAUCACUCUGUUUUUUCGUUCGAAUUAAAAAAAUUCUGUACGCAUUAUAAUUAUUUCUCUAGUUAUUAAAAUCGAAUAUUCCAUACUCUUUUAUGUCUAUCGUUCAUUAAUAAAACAAUAUUAGAGACGUUGGUGAAGAAGCUUGAUCGAAUGAAUAUCGCCAUUUCUAUUGGAAACUGGUUACAGGAAAGUUCUUAGUCCAAUACACAAACUGUUCCAUUAUGAGGGAUGACCCUGUUGGAUUGAUAAUGAAUAUAGUAACAUUAGGACAAAACCAAAAUAAUUUGUGGAUAAUGGAAUAUAUUUAUUUAUUCGGUUUUUUCAUCAUUGAGAUUGGUCUUAUAUUCCCUGGAUUACAUCUUCUAAAAAAUAACUCAAACAUUGAAAUGCUCACAGAAUACUUCACGUUGUUCUGCUUCUCACAGUGUGGAUGCGCUGGCCUCAUUAUUUUUAGUCACUUUCUGUCAAAAUCGGAAAAAAUUGCAUCAACUUUGAGUAUCAUUUCAAAAGUCCUAGAAACGCAAACUUCAAAUUUCGAGAUAAAGAUUUUAAAAAAGUCGCGCAACUAUAAUAUUAUAUCAAUAGUGAUAUCAAUAUUGAGCAUAUGCGUUCAUCUUUUAUGUCUACCUUUUCUCAUUGAUGAUGGAUUCGAAAAUUUCACAUUUUAUACUAUUAAGAGAUUUUAUGGCGACGGUCCUGAUUUUAUUUAUAUUUGUCUCAUCAUUCCAUUGUUAAUAGCUGCUGGAUUAGCAAUCGUACAGCCACUAUUGUUUUUAAUUUAUUUCACAUUCCAUAUACAAUUCCAAUUGACGUGGCUCAAUGAGUAUGUUAAACAGAAUUUACACAAGAAAAUGAAUAUUGAUACGACAAAUGGAAGAUAUCAAGAAUUAAUCCACGAUUAUCUUUCAAAUGUUGUCAAAUAUCGGUGUUGUUUCAAAAAAGCAUUCGAUAGUAUCAAGAUAUUUCAGAACUUCAGUAUGAUUAUACUGAGUGUAACAGGAUCAAUGACUGCAAUAAUGUGUACUUACAAUAUGAGAAACAACACGCAUCAAUCAAAAUCUAUAAAAAUAUAUUUGGUGACUGCAACUUUUCUUUCAAUUUCGGUAUUAUUGAACAUCUGUGGUCAAAGUAUCUCAGAUCAGUCAAUAAAACUACGCGACAUAUUAUACAAGAGUUCUUGGAGUGAUUGGAAUAUAAAAAACAAGAAAAUGUUACUGAUGAUAAUUACAAAUAUAAGGGAUCCAUGGGAGAUAUCAUUUCAUAAUUUGGUCUCUGCCAACCACCUAUUUUUAACACAGUUAGCCAAACUGGUCUACAGUGUGGCCGCUGUCCUUUCUAAUUUGAAAUAACCGAGCAUCUCUUUUAAUAUCUGAGGUACACAGAAUAUUAGGAAUUCAUUUCAUUUCAAUUUCGGGGCUACUAGAAGAAGUUGAAAAAAUGUUUGGUUUGAAUAAUCAUGUAAUAGAUUAUAACUAUAUAUAAUGUUAAAACAAAAUUUUAUUCAGAUUGAAUAGAGCUGAAUUAUCUUGGUUUACAUUCAAUUUUAUAUGUACAUAGUUUAUUGGUACCAAUAAAUAAUAUCUCUGAACAGUU